AUGGCCACCACGACGCCGGUCCUGUCGCUGGACGACUGGUACUCGCAAUAUGCGCCACUUUCUGAUACACAGCGCGUGUCAGUGAGCCGCGUAAGUGCAUGGGUCUCUGCACAGGCGGAUCGAGAUGAGCCGGGAGAGCCUGUGCCGGAGCAGACGGCGCCCACCCCGGACAUGUGCUUGACCCACCGCUUGGCCUCGGUGGCUGCGCAGCACACGCGCGCCCAGGACCCCGAUGAUACCCAAAACCUUGGCCUCCUGCAAGAUGGAGUGCGCGAACUUGAUGAGCUUGCAGAGCAGGUCGCGUACGUGCAGGCUAGCAUGGCGGAGUUGAGAGCGGGCCUCGCGUACGUGCAAGACAGUUCGUCGGAGCUCAUGGCCCAGGCGAGUCGCUUGCUGAAUGAUCAGAACGAGCUGGAGCGCACACAUGGCGAAAUUAUGUUGCGUCUAAGCUACUUUUCCGUUCUGCCUCCGGCCACGGCGCUGUUGUCUUCGACCAGCACAAAUGUCGACUCACCCGAGUUUCACAGCACGGUGGACCGCCUGCUCUUGGCGCUCAAGUUCAUGGAAUCACACCGGCAGUACAUGGAUGCUCCUAUUUACCAGCUGCGCCUGUUAAAUGCACUGCAGCGAGCUAUGAGCAUCGUGCGACAAUCGUUCUCAACCGCCGGCAUGGACCUCGUCAACGAGUCGCUCAUGCAGAUGAGAGAGAUGCUCCAUGUGCGUGACUAUGCGACGGGAAGCAAACCUCUUGAUCCGACAUCAUCGCGUGUGAGCGAUCUACUGUAUGGCCACUUUGAGCCACUGCAGGCCAAGUAUGCCAAGUACAUGGAGGACCUCGCUGAGCUGGCUGUGCAGCACGAAGAGUUGCGCGGAACCUUGAAAGAGACACAGACGAUGUGGUGCCAAUGGCGUGUUUCUCUCUUGCGCGACUGCCUUAGUGCGUGCACUAGCAGUGCUGGCGAGCCCGGUAUGCCGCUGCGUGCACAACUAGAACACAUACUGAUAAGUAUGGCGCGAUACAGUGCACAGGAGAAAUCCUUGUAUGUGCACGUAUUUCCAGGCGCAGGAGCGGACACUGCUUGCCUCGAAAAGGUGUGGGCUUUGAUUCACGAGCGGGUUUAUGCGUGGCUCGCGCCACAGUGGACCGCGCUGGAUGUUGAGGCGGUUGCUGACCUUGUAGCGACCGUCCAGCACCAUCGCAACGAGCCUUGGUGCACGCCCCUGUAUAAUGAGCUGGUGGAGCGCCUGGAGCGCAGUGCUACUGUCAUGUAUAAAGGUGAGCUGGCGUCUUUUGUGCCGUCGCGAGAUGAUAUGGCGUACCCUGCGGUGCUGCGCGAUUGGCAGCGCACUAGCUCUAACCGCACCCCAGGCACAUCUGAAGCGGCAUUAUCGACUUGGUAUGCCCCGAUUCGCACGCUUCAUGCGCUCCUUGCCGCCCUUCGACCACACCUACCCCCGUCUGCACUAGCAAACUGGACGUACAAGGCAGUGCAUACGUGUCAACAAAAAGUGCAUGAGGCAUCGAAUGCCAUGCGGGCCGAGAAGGUUGGCAGCGACGAUGGGGACGCUGGCGAUGCCCUAUUGUUCCAGCUUCAGCACUUACUGAUCUUACGAGCACAUGUGCAACAGAUCCGGGAGCUUGUGGGCAACAUUGAUGCACCAGCCGCAGCAUCCAAGAGCGCCUCCUCGUCGGCGCUCUGGUUUUUGAGUGGCUGGGGCUCUACGCCCAGUCGGCCGCCCACUUUGUCUUCGCUAGUGGAGGACCUAGACACGAGCAUCACAGCCACCACCAACGAGAUCGGCACAUUCCUCGGCGCAAGCCUCACGCUGCCACUCAAGAUCUUUUUGCAGCAGGGAGGCGGGACUCCCGACAAGGCGCGGGAGGCAUGGACAGUAUUCCAGCAAAGUGUCGAUGCAAAUAUGGACGACAUACGCGUCAAGCUGCCGCUCUAUGUGGAUCCCCUAGAGGUGGAGGCUUUGAUCAAGGCCACACUACUCACGCUGCGCACGACGUAUGAGGCAUUCUUGGAACGCUGGCAAGCGUUGGUCGCCCAAAUGACAUCCGACGAUGCCGCGGCGCAGUUGAGCGACGCUCCUACGCCCAUACAGCUGUGCACACAGCUUCAUGAAAAGCUGUUGACAGGAAGGUCAUAG